CAGAUCUUUCGGCUGUGCGGGAUUCCAUUUUAGGCUGGUAGAACCAAGUCAGCCGCCGAAAGAGUCCCUGUUGCACCUCGGCAGCAAGUGGCGAUUCCCCAUUGCCCACCUUUUUGUCCACACUCUUGCCUACUGCCAUCCACAAGAGAUACCAUGCCUCUGCCCCAGAAGAGGCCACAAUACUCAUGUGAUCGAUGCCUUCCGGCCCGCAGUGUGACCCAGGGCCUGGAGGAUGCAGACGACUCCAAGGCUCUGGAGGAGACCUGUCUCUCCUCCCAUCCUCUAAUGCCUGGCACUUCGAAGGAGGCUCCUGGUGUUGGUAUACCCAGCAACCCUGAGAAUCCUCAGAGUUUCUGCUCCUCUUCCAUUGCCAUCGCAACCACCUCAACAAGUGAGCUGAAUGAGGGCUCCGAUAGCCAAGAAGAGGAGGAUAGCACCUCAGGGGCUGGACCAGAUGCCAAGAAUGUGCCCGUAGAUGCUCUAGAUAAGAUGGUGGCUUUGUUGGUGGAUUUCAUGCUGUUCAAGUAUCUAAAGAAAGAGCUCAUGACAAAGGCAGAUAUGAAGAUCGUCAUCAAAGGGUAUGAAGAGCACUUCGCUGAGGUCUUCCUGAAAGCCUCUGAGCGCAUGGAGAUGGUCUUCGGCCUUGAUGUGAAGGAAGUGGAUCCCAUCAACCACUGCUAUGCCUUCUUCAUCAAAUUGGGCCUCAGCUAUGAUGGGGUGCUGCAUGGUAAACAGGGCAUACCCAAGACGGGUGUCCUGAUACUUAUCCUGGGUGUGAUCUUCAUGAAGGGCAACAGUGCCACUGGAAAGGAAGUCUGGGAAGUUCUGAAGUUGACAGGGAUAUAUCCCGGGAGGAAGCACUCCCUCUUUGGGGACCCCAGGAAGCUCAUCACCCAAGAUUUCGUGAAGGGAAAGUACCUGGAAUACCGCCAGGUGGCCAACAGUGAUCCCGCACAAUUUGAAUUCCUCUGGGGCUCAAGAGCCCACGCUGAAACCACCAAGAUGAAAGUCCUGGAGUUUCUGGCCAAGGUUCAUGGGACUGACCCGAAUUCUUUCCCGUCUCAGUAUGAGGAGGCUUUGCAAGAAGAAGAGACAACCCGAGCCAGAAUGUCAGCCAUGGCUAUCUCUACUUCUGUGGCCACUGCAAGUUUCUAGUGCCAAGUCCAGUCACUUUGCUUGCCCCUAGUGAAGCCUGAGGCAGGUUCUUCACUUUGUCUUUGAGAAGGUCAGUUACUGUUCAUAGAAUUUAGGUCUGUGAUGAGGUGAAAGCAAUAGUUUAUAUGUCUAUGUGUUCCUAUAUUGUGUAACUUGAAAAUUAUUUUUUAAACUUAUGCAUUUGUUUAAAUAGUGUUUCUUUUGAUAUAGAUUCAAUUAGU